GGAAACUUUUAUUCUCCAUUCCGCUUCUUGUUACCGUUACUGUUAGUGUUUUCCUUAAUAGUGACAAAUAUUCAUUAAUCAUCUUACUUUAGUUCAUUACCUGGUUGGGUUACCUGAACUAAUAACCAAUCUACGGUAGAUGAAGAAGGAGAAGCUCUAAGGGUACUUGAAGUUUGAAGAUGACGCACCGUGUUCGCUGCUUUUUUGAUAUUGAAAUAGAUGGGAUUCCUUCUGGUCGAAUCAUCUUUGAGCUUUAUAAUGAUGUUUGUCCCAAAACAUGUGAAAACUUUCGAGCGCUCUGUACCGGAGAGAUGGGAGAAGGGAAAACUACUACUAAACCUCUUCAUUAUCGUGGAGUGAAGUUUCACCGUGUGAUAAAAGAUUUCAUGAUUCAAGCUGGUGAUUUCUCUGCUGGUAAUGGUACUGGUGGAGAGUCUAUCUACGGUGGUCAGUUUGAAGAUGAGACCUUUGAAGUGGACCAUAGUGAACCCUUUCUGCUCUCCAUGGCCAAUCGUGGGAAAGACACAAAUGGUUCCCAGUUCUUCAUAACAACUCAACCGUCGACGCAUCUUGAUGGGAAGCACGUGGUGUUUGGUCGAGUGGUGAGCGGACAGGAGGUCGUAGUGGCGGUAGAGAACCUUCCCGUUGACAACCGCAGUCGUCCCCUUCAGCCUUCAGUAAUAGCCAACUGCGGGGAGUUAGUUCUACAACGAUCCAUCAAACCUAAAGAAAAAAAACGCAAAAAGAAAAAGGAGAACAUACCUUCAUCUGACUCUGAAUCUGACAGUGAAAAGAAAAAAAAGAAGAAGAAGAAGAAAAAGGAAAAGAAACAGAAACAUAAGAAAGCUGAAAGCUCUGGUGAGGAAGGUGAAGUAAAGGAUGACACAUCUGAAGGUGGUGACCAAGCCAAGUUUCAGAGCCAUCCUUUAAUAUCUGUGUCCGUAAUUAAUCCUGAUGAAAUCCCAGAUGUUCCCAAAAAUCGAUUUUUGUAUCGUGCGGGACCAGAAAAAGAUGGUGAGAAUGAAGGACGUCAGGACCGAGGCAGGGAGAGGUCUCGGGCUACUGUCCGAGCUUAUACAAAGAGUGGCCGCAAGGUCAAAGGAAGAGGUUCUUUGCGAUACCACACCCCAUCACCAUCCCAAAGUCGUUCCCGAAGCAGGACACCGCCCCACUGGCGACAAGCUCAGCGACGCACCAUCUCAUAUGACCAGUUGCAGAAAUGGAAUGAGGAAAAGAUGAGAAGAGAGGAAGAUAGACAAAUGAGGCAGGACGAGCGAGAGCAAGAAAUUGAGGAAAGACGGCGGCGACGAGAACAGCGGCAUCGUGAAAUUGAAGAAAGUGGUGGGAAAGAUAAUGAAAAUGUUAAACGUGACCAGUUUCAGAGAGAGCCAGGGAUGAAGGGUGAUUGGCGAGAUCCAAGAGAUAAAAUGAGAAGAGACUUUAGAGAGGGAAGAAAUCAGCAAGUUUGGCGAAAUGGCAGAGACAGGCAGCGCGGAGGAGACCAGGACUGGCGCGAUGCUCGGGAAAGGACUCGCACUGAAGAAGACUGGAGAGAAGGAAGAAACAAAGAUCAAUGGAAUGAUAGAGGAGAGGAGUUUGGCCAUCAAGAUCUCAGGGAAAAAUUACGUAGCCAACGUGAAAAACUUGAAUCGGUUGUAAAUGAUAACAGCAGCAGACCACAGAGGGAUGACCAAGAUUCAGAUGAUGAACAAAAAAUCAGGAAAGAAAAAAAUAUCAAGAAAGAAAAACAAAGCGACUUAAAAGAGAAACACGAUGUUGGGAAGAGAGACAAGCAAGAUGACUUUGAUGAGACUGCUCUUGACUAUGAAGUCAUGGACAAUGAGGAUGAGGAGGAAGAGGAGGACGAAGUAAAUAAACCAAAAACUGUCAAUGGAAGAGUAAAUGAAGCCGAACGCUCAGGCCGCAACCCUUCACCAAGAGCGGAAGAAAACGGUGAAUUGAAAGAAGAAAAAUUGUCAGAAGAGAAAGACAUUAAAAAAGAAAAAGAGUUGGAUCAUAAAAAAGUAAGUCGAGAACUGAAGGGAAGAAGCCGAUCCCAUGAAGGUAAAGGUAAAGAUCGUUCAAGAUCCCACGAAAGACACAAGGAUAGGUCUAGAGAUAGGCGCGGUAGAUCCCGAGAUAGACGCGAUAGGUCGAGAGAUAGACGUAACAGGUCACGAGAUAGAAGAAAUGGAUCCAGAGACCGAAGGGGUCGUUCCAGAGAGAGAAAUAGUCGACGAGACAGAUCCCGGGACAGGCGGGAAAGGUCUAGGGACCGGAGGUCACGCAGCAGGGACAAGGGGCGUGAAAGGAGGCGCCAUCGAUCAGACACCAGCAGUAGCGACAGUGAUUAAACUACUGUACAGUACUGUACUGUACUGUAUAUUACUUUAUAUAUUCAUGUAAAACUGAAUUAAAUUAGGAGGUAGGAUACAGUUGUUUGACCUGACCAUUGUGUAUACCUGUAUUGUGAAGAACUGUACAGUAUUACACAAUCCUUGACACAUUAUUAUGUAGGAUGACAAUGAAGAAUUUUUUACCCUUACAUUUUCAUUGCUUUCAUGUCUACAGUUCUGUUGGGUAUAUUUGUUAUGC